CGCGCCGUGUGCAGGCGGAUGUGAGGAGCAUCUCAAUUGGCGGGCGGGGGGAGCGGGAUCGGGCUGUUACUACUGCAGAGAGAGAGAGAGCGCGGGCGAGCCGGCGAGCCGGGAGCCGGCGGGCGGGAGGAGAGCCGCAGCGGCCCGGCCCGCCGCGAAGUGGAAAGAGGGGACCGCGACUUCGAGACCCCGGCAGUCCCCGCGCUCUGGCCUCUGGGCGAGCUCACGCCGCACCGCGCACGGACGUCCCCGUGACCUCCUCUGCCACCAUGAGGAACAUCUUCAAGAGGAACCAGGAACCCAUUGUGGCUCCUGCCACUACCACCGCUACAAUAUCAACUGGGCUCUUAGACAACUCUACCGAGAGCGGGGGCGCUGGGGAGAGUAAGGAGGACAUGUUUGCCACGAUAAAGGACAAAUUCUUCAAUGAGAUCCAGAAGAUCCCCUUACCACCCUGGGCACUGAUCGCCAUUGCUGUGGUCGCGGGCCUCCUGCUUCUCACCUGCUGCUUCUGUAUCUGCAAGAAGUGCUGCUGUAAGAAGAAGAAGAACAAGAAGGAGAAAGGCAAAGGCAUGAAGAACGCCAUGAACAUGAAGGACAUGAAAGGGGGUCAGGAUGAUGACGACGCAGAGACCGGCCUGACUGAGGGAGAAGGUGAAGGAGAAGAAGAGAAAGAGCCAGAGAAUCUGGGCAAACUGCAGUUUUCCCUGGAUUAUGAUUUCCAGGCCAACCAGCUCACCGUCGGCGUUCUGCAGGCUGCUGAAUUGCCCGCCCUGGACAUGGGAGGCACCUCAGACCCUUAUGUCAAAGUCUUCCUUCUUCCAGACAAGAAGAAGAAAUACGAGACCAAAGUCCAUCGGAAGACCCUGAACCCUGCCUUCAAUGAAACUUUCACCUUCAAGGUGCCAUACCAGGAGCUAGGAGGCAAAACCCUGGUGAUGGCCAUCUACGACUUUGACCGAUUCUCCAAACAUGACAUUAUCGGAGAGGUAAAGGUGCCUAUGAACACCGUGGACCUUGGCCAGCCCAUCGAGGAGUGGAGAGACCUGCAGGGUGGGGAGAAGGAGGAGCCAGAGAAGCUGGGCGACAUCUGCACCUCCCUGCGCUAUGUGCCCACAGCCGGGAAACUCACUGUCUGCAUCUUGGAGGCCAAGAACCUGAAGAAGAUGGACGUGGGUGGCCUUUCAGAUCCCUACGUGAAGAUCCACCUGAUGCAGAACGGCAAGAGGCUCAAGAAGAAGAAGACGACGGUGAAGAAGAAGACGCUGAACCCCUACUUCAACGAGUCCUUCAGCUUUGAGAUCCCCUUCGAGCAGAUUCAGAAAGUCCAGGUGGUGGUCACUGUGCUGGACUAUGACAAGCUGGGCAAGAACGAAGCCAUCGGCAAGAUCUUCGUGGGCAGCAACGCCACAGGCACGGAGCUGCGGCACUGGUCCGACAUGCUGGCCAACCCCCGGAGGCCCAUCGCCCAGUGGCACUCACUCAAGCCUGAGGAGGAGGUGGACGCGCUUCUGGGGAAGAACAAGUAGGCAGCAGUGGCCGGGAGCCCGCGCCGUGACAGACACUGACAAGAUCCAGAGCUAUCAAUACCUCAGUUAUGCGACCUUAGAGGUUUUCUUUCUCAUUUGUUUGUGGUUGUGUCCUUGUUUUUCCUUCCUUCAUCUCUUUUUAAAGACCAACUUCCCUCUGAAGGCUGUGUGAGGAGAGUCCCCUAACAGGUGAAAGAGAAGCCUGGCUCUUUUCAUCGUCCCAGGAGCUGUCCUUGCUGCAUGCCCUGUCACGUUUCCCUCUCACUCCUUCAAAGCUUCUCUGAAGCCUCAACCUGAGUGAGGCCAUCUUCUGGCAGAAAGUCUCAGCACUUCCUGUUUUUUGAGCGUUCUGGACCAACAAAAUGGCAGCACAUCCUGUUUCCUGACAGGAAAGGCAACACAGUGGCCUACGAUGUGUAUGUGUGUUUGUGUGCAUGUGUGUGUGUACGUGUGUGUGUAUGUGUUUGAGUAUCUCUCUGCAUUCCUGGAAUGAGCCAUGGACAGUCAAGUUGUGUGGGAAGAGAAGGCUCUUCAAGGACUCUGAAAUGAAGAGACGUCCACUGUCUAAGUGGGAGAUCUGUCAGCUCGUGGAGAGGGCUCAGAAUCCUGGCCAGAUGCCAGAAACUCCCAUACUCCUUGUGGGUGGGUGUGGGAGGCAAGAUGUGGAGACUGGAUUUGUCCAGAACUAGGACCAAACCCCUGAUGCAAUCAUAGACUUCCUCCUGUCAGGCAUGUUUUCCCCACAAGUGUGGUUUCUGGGACAUUCAUGGACAUGAACUAUUACUAGAUCGGUCAGGCUCUAACAAGGGACCAUCACUCCUGGGAUCUCACUGUUGUUGACAGUUAACAUCAAACUAUGAAGAAACAAGACCCAUUACCUAGAAAGACCAAAUGAAACUCCUGGAUCCUCUUCAGUCCCUUCCAGUGGGAAACACAGAUGCUUUCUCCCUUUCCAGAAUAUAAGCUCUGCGGUUGAUUUGCAUUGAUUCCCCAUCAUGCCUUUGCUUCUGUUUUCUCUUUUAAUCUAAGUGGAGCAAUGCUAUCUGAAGACUGUUAUCUGUACAGAGCCAGAGAACUCUUAAAAGGAAGGUUUAAGUAUUCUUAGUUCCCUUGAGGUCCAGGUAAGAAGGGGGAGGAUGGUGGACAGAUGGUAGAGAUUUCCUGGAUGAGAUGGGUGGGAGUGCUGAGGUUCCCCCCCAGCUCCCACUCCUCUGCCUUCCAUGCCAGACAGCUUAUGGGUAGCUGGCGUGGCCCAGGGAGACCUGUGGGGAGCCCCAUCCUACCAUUUCUUAGGGAGGAUUCUCUCUAUGAAAGCCAAGAAGCAGGAUAUCCAUUCCAAAUGGGAGGUGGAGGACAGCUGUGGGGGUUUCUACCCCACGCUCCAUUGUGUCCCAUUCCUUCUUCACAUUUUGUCCCCAACACUGAUAAAAAGCCAUAUAUAUGUUAGACAAGUUUGCACUGAGACUCCUUCCAAACAUUCAGUCUGGGUAAGAGAGUUAGGCCCCACACGGCCUGAGGCCAGCGCCACUUCCUUCCGCCCCUUCCUCCCAUCCUUGCCUCCCUUCCUUCAGCCUUCAGCCUCUCUCUUCCAUCCAUGAAGCCCUGAGGCCCUUGUCAUCUCUUCGCCACAGAAUACUCACAGCUUCCUCAGAACCUUGGGGAUCUCUCUCUUUCCCGGCAAAAAUGGCAGCACUUCCUGUCAUGCCCCAUCUGGGCCACCUCAGCUUUCUCUAGGUACUUGAGACAGAUGGACAGUGUUAGAGAAAAUCAGGCUUUGAGGAUCCACAUGAAGAAGAUGCAGAGUGUCUUUUUAUUUUGUUAAAAGAAAGAUGGGUUUUUUGU